AUGGACUCCUCACCCCAACUCCACAACCUGUUCCAUCAAAUGGCCGACUCCGACCCCACGAGCCUACCUACUCCGUCGUCAUGCACGGCCGAUUUCUGCCUCAUCCCGCUGGGCACGCCGACAGCCUCCGUUUCGAAGGAAGUCGCUCAGGUUCAAAGGCUGCUGAAGCAGAGUGGGGUGAAGUAUACUAUGCAUUCUGCUGGGACUACGCUAGAGGGUUCAUGGGAGGACUGCAUGCGGAUCAUCGGUCAAUGCCACAGCAUGCUGCAUGCCAACGGCGUCGUCAGGAUCCAAAGCGAUAUCCGUGUGGGCAGUCGAACGGACAAGCGGCAGACCGCUGAAGAGAAGGUCAAAGCUGUGGAGAAGCUGCUGGCUGACGACGGCAGCGGUGGAGGAAAGCAGGGGGCAGAAGAUAGCGAGGGGAAGGACGUCAAGGGAGAUUUAUUAGGUGGAGUGUAA